CAGAAGUGUACACAUGUACCGGCGUAUUACAUCAAUAUUUAAUUAGCAGUGUAUGACUGACUGGCAUUUGAAUUGCGAAAUGUCAGAGUAAAUGAAGGAAAAGUGCUGAUUAUUGCGAUCUGUAUUAACAACGCUCGUAUCCGGAUGAAAAUAUCCCAGUCGAGCAUUUACUGCUGUGCAGAGGAUAUGCCUCACUAAAUAUUUUGAUGCACUACCACUUUCAUUAAGAACUUGCGUUUAUCUGAGUUAAUCUGAGUUUUCCUGAAAUUUAUCAUCAGAUUAAUUACAUUAUUUUUUCCAGUUUUGGGAGGUAUAUCUAAAAAUGAGCAUUGAUACUGUGGACGGAUUAUCCCUGCAGAGUUUCAACGCGCUGGAAACGUCGGAGGAAGUCUUCCGGUGUCAGAAUGCGGAUUUUGUCUGGAUGCAGAAUAUCCGCAAUGAAAUCCCGGUGGUGCUGCAGCAUGCGGCAUUACUGAACUCCGCCUCCAAAUGGUCGCUGGGCUAUCUGUCCGCCAAUAUCCACCGCAAAGUGCUCUUCUCGCUAAAUCUGUCGCAUGGCGACUGCGCUCAGUUAGCCGAUGAGACUAAAAUCCCCAAUCUCCACCGACCGGCGAAAUUCCGCCCGUGUACGAGGAAGAUUUUCCUGAAUUUUGCCGAAGCCCGGGAAAUCUUACUCGGAAGCCGGCUUAUUAAGGAGCGAAUACUGCUGGAUGAACCGCUGCGCGAAGAAUACGGCGCCAACAUUCAAGCGGAUAUGCGGAACUUUGAUUGGCCCUUCCUAAACAGCGUACGGAGUUUCUGCGUAUGGGGCAAUCUGAUUCAAGUCAACCUCGUAAUCGGCACUGAAGGAAGCUGCACGCAGGCAAAAUUCGAAGAGCACCACAUGCUGCUGGCGGUGAUCAGCGGCAGUGUUCGCGUGACACUCUUCAGUCCGGACAAUUAUUCCACGCUUUAUCCCUACCCGAUCUAUCAUCCCUACGAUCGCUACAGUCAGGUGGAUUUCGCCCACCCGGACCUGAUCAAAUACCCCAAUUUCCGGCGCGCCUACGCCGAGCAGGCAACCUUGGGCCCGAAUGAUAUCCUGUUCAUUCCGGCAUUCUGGUGGUACCGGCUUGAUUUCGUGGGCGAAAAGCAGACCGGUUUGACGAUGAGCGUAACCUUUGCAUAUAAAUACGGGUCAGGUAAGAAAGUGCGCUUUCCAUUAUCAGCCGCCCAUAAAGUGGAGAUUAUGCGCAACACCGAGAAGAUGUUGACCCAGAUCGUGAAUAAGCCCCACGAUGUUGGUGAUCUUCUGAAAGCCCUCACCUUGGGCCGCUUCGAUUAAUUUUCGAUUACGAGCUGAUUCUCAAAUUAACCUGACGGAAGCAGACUAAGAGACUGCUCAACCCAUCCAAUGGCGCUUUGUCGAGGAACGGCAUCGCUUGUGUGGGCAGAUGUAAUUCUUUUAACGCUAAAGAAGAUGGAGCGCUGUUGCAGGUGAUACCGCCAAAACGCUUGCGGUUAUUGAUGGAACCGUUCUAGCUGAAUUUUGUGUCUAAACAGAUCAGAUGAAAUAAUACAUAACUUUUUUUCUCUUGUGCACAAAAAAACGACUUUUUAAUAAAGAAAGUCGAACAGACUUUCAGGCAGAUUUUACUGACUGGGGAGUAAGUAAUAAGGAUUAAUAUCGAAUCCGUGCAGAAAUUACAACCUAGGGCUCUAAUGGUAACUCUACAUCUUACAGUAGACCGUAAUAUCAUUUCUCCUUCCGGGCAUACAUAGCCGACUACCAGCCGAAAAGCGC